UAUGCCCUGUUGGUCACUGGUAUACUGUAUCAAUGGUAUUCUGAAUUUCCCAUUUGGCAUUUAAUGUUUUAAAGAAUUAUAUUAUUUAUUAUCCGCGAUCUCUCACAUAACACAUUGCUCUUGAACUUGAUUUUGUCGUAGUAAAAUAAUAUUGUGCCCAGCGUUGGACGUUUCUCGUUCGUUCUUUAUUUUAAUUAUAUUCCGUCCUCAUUUUACGGUGUACACAUAUUUUGUCAUACUGUAUUAUUAUCUCAGAAGGAAAAAAAUGACUGAAGCUGUGGUGAGUGGAAAAGAUACCCGUUGCUUAUUCAUUAACAAUGGUGAUGAUUUGUUGACUUUAAAAAAAGUUGUAUCCAAAAAAACAGACAAAGAUGAUGAGAAACAAAAACUUAAUAAAUCUGUAGAAACUAAUGGCAGUGAAUUAAAUGGAAACCACAAUAAAACUGAUAGCAUAAAUUUUGAUGUUGAUAAUACAUCAUCAUUAGAACCAAAUUUAGAAAUGGAUAGUGAUACGGAUCGUAAUAUUACUAUCGGUUCAAUUUGCACCCAAGAAGAUCGAGAAUCAGAAACUAUUGAUAUCUCUAAUGAAAAUUCAAAUGAAGCAGAUGUAAAAAAUGGUGAAAAAGAUAUUCAAGUAAAUUCAAUUAAAUCUCUAGAUGUUCCAUAUUCUCCGAGUGAUUCUUUAUAUGAUAAUGAUUCACAUGAUUUGGAAGAUGAUUAUUCAGAAUUAAAUAAUAUUGAGUCACCUGCGUCUUACUUUAAUAUAUCAGCAAGAGCACCAUUACAUUCUUAUAAGGAUUUAGAUACUACGUUUGAGGAUGAUAUUUUAUUACUGGAAAAAGAAGUAUUAAAUAAUGAGCGAAAACGAAAAUUUGAAGAUUUGGCAGAACAAGAACAGAAGUCUACUAAGAUACUUAAAUUGUGGAACUUGAUGAAAUAUCCUUUUCAGAAAAUAACAUAUGGCACUUCAAUAAGUAAAGAUAAAUCAAAUAUUUCUAUAGCAGAAAUCAUAGUUGAAAAAGAGAAUACCAUAGAACCCGAGUCAACUAUUUGUGAAAACAAUAGUGAUAAUGAAAAAACAGAAGAAAAAAACACUCAAAACAAUUUUGAAGCAGAUGAAGAAAUCGUGGAUACUUCAAUAAAUGUGAAUACACAAAAAUUCUGUAUCAUAAUGUAAUAACUGCAAAAGGUAUAAUUUAAUAAUUAUUAAAAUAUCUUGUUUUAUAGAAGUGUAUGUUCAUAUUAAUCAAAUAAUAUUUUGAAUAUUUUGGUCUUAUUGCCUCAUAGGUUAGGUAAAACAUGUCCUUCCUCUUUUAUACUAAAUUUGAUUUUUGUUUUUUAUUACACGAACCAUUAAAUUAAAAAUGACCAUUUACAGUGUUCCCAAAUAAUCAUUUGAAUCUGACCUAUUAUUAAGAAAAUAUUCGUAUUUUAGAAUCACUGAAGAGGACUUGUAAUUUUCAUAUUUUUUUUGAGCA